GUCCAGCUGGCGUCGGGCCGCGUCUCCUCAGCUCCUCACGGUCUUCCCGCGGCGGAGGCGGCGGCGCUGCAAGUUUUGACACUUGGGCGCCUGGAGACGCGCGCGGGCUCUCGCGGGCCCCCGGCUGUGGCGGCGGCCGACUCUCGAGGGCCCCUCCGCCGCGCCCCCGAGCUCCCACCGCCCAGGGUCGGGCGGCCACGAGGCCCGGCCGCGCCCGCCCGCCCGCCCGCCCGGCGGCUGCAGCCAUGUCGAAGGGGCCGGAGGAGGUGAACCGGCUCACCGAGAGCACCUACCGGAAUGUUAUGGAACAGUUCAAUCCGCGGCUACGAAAUUUAAUAAACCUGGGAAAAAAUUAUGAAAAAGCUGUUAAUGCUAUGAUCCUGGCGGGGAAAGCCUACUACGAUGGAGUGGCCAAGAUUGGUGAGAUUGCCACCGGGUCCCCUGUGUCGACAGAGCUGGGCCACGUUCUCAUAGAGAUUUCAAGUACCCACCAGAAACUUGAUGAGAGUUUUAGAGAAAAUUUCAAAACAUUCCACAAAGAGAUUAUACAUGAGCUGGAGAAGAAGACAGAACUUGACAUAAAAUACAUGACCGCCACUCUCAAAAGAUACCAAACAGAACACAGGAAUAAAUUAGAUUCUUUGGAGAAAUCUCAAGCUGAAUUGAAGAAGAUCAGAAGGAAAAGUCAAGGAGGACGAAAUGCACUCAAAUACGAACACAAAGAAAUUGAGUACAUAGAAACCGUCACCUCUCGCCAGAGCGAGAUCCAGAGGUUCAUCGCGGAGGGCUGCAGGGAAGCGCUCCUGGAGGAGAAGAGGCGCUUCUGCUUCCUGGUGGACAAGCACUGCAGCUUCGCCAGCCUCACGCAGCACUACCACCUGCAGUCGGCAGAAUUACUGAAUUCCAAACUGCCCAGGUGGCAGAAAACCUGCGGUGAUGCCACCAAAGUGCCAGAGGAAAUCAUCAACAUGAUAGAAGAAAUAAAGACCCCUAUCUCCACCCCAACGUCCUGGACGCCUCAGCCUUCGCCAAUGGUCGAGAGAAGCAGCAUGGCUGGGAAAGACUAUGACACCCUUUCUAAGUAUCCACCCAAGGUGCCCCCAGCUCCUUCAGGCAGAGUGGUCACCAGCCCUUUGAUUGAUAUGUUCAAUAACCCAGCUACAGCUGCACAGAAUUCAGCUUCUUCGGAGGAUCCCAGUUUACAGCGAUCAGUGUCUGUUGCAACGGGACUGAACAUGAUGAAAAGGCAGAAAGUGAAAACCAUCUUCCCGCACACCGCUGGCACCAACCAGCUUGGCUUCGCGCAGGGAGACGUCAUCACGCUGCUCGUUGCUGAGGAGAAAGACGGCUGGCUUUACGGAGAGCACGACACCUCCAAAGCGAGGGGCUGGUUCCCGUCGUCGUACACGAGGCUGCUGGAAGAGAACGCGCAGGAGGCAGUGAGUGUGCCCUCGCCGAGCCCAGCCCCCGUGAGGAGCAUGAGCACCGUGGACUUGUCGGAGAAGAGCUGUGCUGCCGUCCCCAUCCCCCCUCCCGAUUACCUGGAGUGCUUGUCCAUGCGAGCGGCCGCAGACAAGAGAGCAGAUGUUCCCAAGCCCACGUCCACCUUUAAAGCCCCGGCGUCCGGACCAGAGACCACGCCUCUCAAUAACACAAACGGGACUGCAAAGCAUCCUUUCCUCAGUGGAGAAAACCCCUUUGCUACUGUGAAACUCCGACCAACAGUGACAAACGAUCGAUCGGCACCAAUCAUUGGAUGAAAAGAUGGCCAAAGACUUCUCCUGGAUCUUCUUAUGUUCUCACGUGUGAAGUCAUAGGUGUGGUGCAGCCUGUAACUGUCAUGACACUUCACCGGAGGGUGCCUGAUUUUGAACGUAUUCUACUUUAGCAAAUCAAUGCAUUUUCUCAAUUUCACAUAGUUGGUUUUGCACAUUUCUGUCUUUAAGAAGAUAAAUUGUGACCAACUCAAUCAUUUAAAGUAUUUUCUUCCUAUUUUGUUCAAAGAGCAGUAAAUUUGGUUCUAAUCCUUA